AUGUGUCUGCUGCUGGUACCAAAAUAUUUGUCGGAGCAAUGGAAGAAGUGCCCCAGUGGAAAGGAUGUUGGAAAGCUCAAAAUUUCUAAACCAAAAAUUCCAAACAAGAAGCCAGAUAUUGUGUUCACUAGCUAUGAUGUGUCUGCAAAGGCAGGGGGUGCCACGGCGAUGGCAUCUGGGCCCUCGGCACCUAUCAGCACCCUCCCCGUCGCCCCCAAGCCUCCUGCACGCAACUCAAGCAUUCGCAACCACAAGUUUGUGGUGACCAGUGUCGCAAAUCAAAACUUGGUGGUCAUGUCACAAAUUAAGUCAGAUAAUAUUGGAAGAGACCCAGCGUCAGACAAAAUUUGUGUGGAAGGAAAGGUGUUACAGAGGGCAGAAUGCCAUCCCAUUGUGGACGAUAACUACAGGUUACUUAAAAAGGAGCAGGUACAGGCCCAGAACACUCCAGCUCGUCAGAUAAAACUCUUGCCUGGCAUUGUGCAGUCUUACAAACCAGUCAGUGACCACUACAACAAUGUUGAAGAAAGAAAAGCGAAAAAGACGGAAGCCAAAAGGUCGAGAGCAGAGAAAGAAAAAGUCAUGGAUAUCUUGUUCAAUGCCUUCGAGAAGCAUCAGUUCUACAAUGUCAAGGACUUGGUUGGCAUUACCCAGCAGCCUGUGGUGAGUCCCAGUGUGAACAGUUGA